AGCUCCGUUGUGAAAGGUGUUCUUCAGGAACAAGAAAAUAGUGGAAGGCUUAUUGCGGCUAUCUGUGCAGCACCAAUAGCUUUGAAAAGUCAUGGUAUUGGAGUAAAGAAGAGUCUAACUUCGCACCCAAGUAAGCAGUCCGAGAUGGAAGACGGAGGUAUCUAUACAUAUUCUGAUGAAAGAGUUGUCGUAGAUGGUCAGUUGAUAACAAGUAGGGGUCCAGGAACAGCAUUUGAGUUUGCACUGGCUGUUGUUGAAAAGCUUAUGGGAAAGGACAAGGCCAACUCUCUCAUCCCUCCGAUGCUUUUGAAAAUCUAAGUAACAUUUGUUCUGAACCAUAUGUUUAAUAUAACCUAAGCUUUUGUUAUAUGUAUGAAAAAAAAAAUGCUAACUUGUUAAAUUUUGUGAAAAAAAAAUCAGUUUAUUAGAAGUUGAAAAUGAAAUAAGCAUGCUUCCCAUUUUCAUAAAAACUUACUUACUCAGCAUGUAGCAGCAAAAAGAACAAUAAAAAAAAAAGAUAUAAAUAAAGCUGAUGUUUCUUACAUUGAUUCA